AUGAGCGCUGGACUUGCGAAUGCGGACAAGCUUGGCCGCGCCCUCACAAACAGUCUAUGCUUCGUAAUUCGAAGAUGGAAAAUGAUCAUGCUAAGCUACGUCUUCAUUGCUUCCAUCGGUAGCAUCCUUCUUUUCAUGCGCAACGAACAAGAAGCAUCUCACCUCGCGGCGCGAAGCUGGGGUGGUUUUGACGAACGACCUAAAACGGAAAAGUGCUACCGACAAGAACGCACCGCGAUGAUUCUCUCCUUACUGUUUGGAGUUCUGGGGGUUGAUCAGUUUUACGCUCGUCAUUGGCCUUUGGCCGUUUUCAAGUUGUUGACGCUUGGGGGCUUGGGACUUUGGGCAUUUGUUGAUAUGAUCUUGUGGAUUGUGGGUGGUGUGUACGGAACGCCGGGAUGUCCUGGAGGGAGCUACAAGGAAUGGCAGUAUUAG